AUGUUUGGUCGACAAAUUUUUUUGGAACCGGUGGACAAUGAACGUGACCAAAGGAGACGCGAUGAAUUUUUUCGACAAUUCUGUGUAAAUCAGAGACGUGGAAUACCGUUUACCGAACUAACAAACAUUCCUUCUUUAAGAAACGACGGUCUAAUGCUCGAUUUAAAUUUAAUCCUCGUCGACGAUACCGAUCGUGUUCAACCGAACAAUCUUUAUUUUCGAACUAACUAUGGAAAUGCACUGAAUCGAUAUUUGUUAGAAUACGUAAGGCAAAUGGAAGAAAGGUACUUGGCUAUGGAGAGAGAAUUGACGAGAACGAAAAUGUUGAUCCCUGUAAUGACGCGCAACUUUGGUGCCGUGCAUCAAACGUCACAAACAGACGUAAAUAGGAAGCAAAGUUCUUUCGUGAAAUACGAACAUAUUUUUGGAACUUCUCCGAGAAAUCAGUACAGAAAGAAUCAGGAACAGGUUAAUCAUGUUUCAUCGAGAAGGAAGCAUCAUACUACGAGAAAAAAUAAAGAUCUGAUCGCGAAAACGUUGCUCGAUACUGAUUGGACGAAACAGAAAAAUCCUUCGCAGAAUUCUCAGAACGAUAUUUACCCCAUAAAAGAGCCUGGCAGCCAUUCGUGUAGGCCAAGAACAUUAACUAGCAAUUCAACCGCUGUUUGCUCGAUGCACAACGUAGCUGUGAUUCUUCCGCAAGGCUCAACUCAAUUGACCAAUUUCUCGAGACACGGUCAACUUAAUUCGAAAGUAAUGCAUACCGAACUUAUUAACGAAUUUUAUUUGAUUUUUCACAAACGGUUCCCAACUACGACAACUAUCGUCGGCGAUGAAAAGGCGUCGAUGGACAUAUGCCAAAGUUUUGACAAGAAGCACGAACCGGAAACAACGUGCUAUACCGACUUUGAUGUUAAACAGGAAGAUCAUAUGCAAACCAAUUCCACUGUAAAUACACCAGAAUUUCGACCGAUAACGAGACCAAAAUUGAAUAACGAUAUUUCCGAGCAAAAGUCCGAACUUGAGCAGCCACCGAGCCAUCGUCCACACCUCAAUACCGAUUUCGAAGGAAAAUGUAAUAACAACCAUUGGAACAAUCGUUCGAAGAAAUGUGUACCUCGUGAAAGAAGUAAUUGCACAGACGAUUUGCCGAGGUAUUUUACACGAACGAUUCAGAAACCAAAGAAAGAUGUUCACAAGAGAAUUCCAACGCCACGAAGCAACGUUCAUACAGCUUACACUCCUAUGGUGCAAUCCCCUACUUGGAAUCCUAUGUUAGACCCUAAUGGUUUGACCAUUCAAUUAUUGAGAUUGGCAGUGUUACUUUACGCUCCUGCGUUGAUGCCGGCUCUAAAUUCGUUGAUUGCUCGACAAACAGUUCAAACUUCAAUCCCCAUACCUUCUUCCGAAGGAGCGAACGAUUUGUUAACGCAAAUUUUUACAAUUUUGAGCAACCAACAGAGUGUCCCGAAUUUGUCGUACGUGUCGAAUCCUAGAGUCGACGAAAAUUCACAGUAUCGAGAAUCACGUCAACAAUCACAUUCAGAGAAUAUCGCGAGGCAACACCGAAACGAUAAUUGCGACAGAACAACUUCCGUGAACGAUCAGCUUGAGAAGAAUUCUAUCGCCGUUGAUACUUCUCUGGAAAUAUGCGGUUGUAACAAAAUGAAACAGUCGUCUUCGCAAUACAGCGAAGACAUUUUACGCGAUGAAAAAACGGAAGAAAACGAGGAGUUGCUGUACACAUGGACGGACAAGAAAUCGAAAUCGUCGGAAGAAAAGAAGGGCGAAGAUGCCGAAGAGAAGCAAGACGAUGCUGAACUCUUCGGAAAUUCCUCAAUUCGUACGGAAUCUAACGUUUGGAAGCAACUCCGCGUGAACGAUAUUUGGAAAUUUGAAUCGAAUACAAAGUUGAACGAAUUUGAAUAA